GGGCUGGAGAACCGCCUAGAUAAAGUACUAGGCGAAGAAGAUGGAGCUUCGGCGAAGACCAGACAGCUUGAAUUGGAGGCUAAACAGGCAAAGGCUGCGAAAGCAGCUGUAGCUGAACAGCCAAAGCCAGAGCAAGGUUUGUCGCCAAUACAUCGUAUCUGAAGGUGUUUCAGCAUGCUGACCUGGGCUGAAGGCAUGUCGAGGGCCGGUUCGCAGAGUAGAUCAGCCGCGGCUGUGCAGAAGAGUAGAUUACAAGAGAAGCUUGAGAGGGCCACUCAAGGUCGAUCGCCGAGUGCGAGCAGACCCUCUGUGGAAAUACAACGAACGGCCAGUCCGGUUAUAGCAGACACAACACGGUCGAGUAUAGACUCGAGGACCUCUGAAAUCAUCAAGGCGCUUAAUCAGGUGAACUCUGACAACAUACCAACAUCCUCUGAACCGGAUACCAAGGAUGAGGAGAAAACUGAAGAAAUAGUGGAAGAGAAGUCCAAGAUCGAGGAAGUCGCGAGCAUCAAUGAAGAUACGCCAAAGGCAGCAGAUAUACAACCAAGCGCAACGAUUACUACUAUCAAUGAUCCCGAAGACCUCCCUCAAAUAUCUCAGGAUUCAGCUUCGGUUGCGCCAAUCGCCGUAGAGGAGGCGAACCCAAAUGUGCCUGCAAUAAACCUCCCUGCAGAGGAUGCGCAAGUGGCUUCACAACCGCGACCUAAAUCGCCCACCACCCUUGAUAGCGAGCUGACCAUGCUCCAGAGGGCUCAUACACAGACUCUUGAAGAGCACCAGGCUGAGAUCACUUCUCACUUGGAGCGCAUUGAUGCUCUUCAAUCCAAGCUUAAUUACCUAUCCGACCAACUAUCAGCGACCUCGAAAGCCUCAGCGGAAGCUGCGCCUGCUUCAUCACCAGAGAAGAAACUAGCGGAGAAGGACAAUCAGAUUGCUGGGCUGCUGAAAGAGGGCGAGAAAUUGUCGAAAAAGGAGUUGCAGCAAUCCGGUCUGAUCAAAAAGCUACGAGUAAAAAUUGGAGAGCAGGACAUAGAGAUUGCGGACCUCAAGCGGCGAGUCACCAAGGCAGAAGAAAUCACUGUGGAAGAGCGCGAACGAACGAGACGCGCAGAAGCUGCCGAAAAACUAUCUCAGGAGAAGUUGAAGAUCGUAGCGCGCAUAGAGAAAGAUGUUGAGGAAAUAAAGCGAGAGAAAGAGAGCGCGUCGAUUACUAUUACAGAAUUGCGGAAGCAACUAGCUGACAGCGUGACUCGGGCAGAGCAGGCAGAGAAAAAGGCCCAAUCUGGAGCUCUGGAGGCCGAACGACGCACUGUGGCGAAACUCAAUGAGGAGCUGGAAGACAUCAAGAUUGAGAAGAAGCUUGCAGAGGAUCGGGCGAAGACAGAGGUCCAAGAUGUCAAGGAGGAGGCCGCACGGCAGUCGGAGAGGUCAAAGGUCGUAGAGAUGGAGCUCAAAAGCGAAAUCUCGGUGAGCUAUCCGUGUCAGAACGUAUUUGUUGCCUAACUAAUAUUCUUUGACAGAAUCUUGAAACCAAGCUUGAAGUUCUGCGCUCUCGCACAGAAGAAGUCUCCUCCACCGGCGACUCUCAGACCAAACUCCUCCGUCAAAUCGAAACGCUUCAAACCCAGUACGCUCUAGCGAGCGAAAACUGGCAAGGCAUUGAAAGUACCCUCACCUCGCGGGUCGCAGCCCUCGAGAAGGAGCGGGACGAUGUGUCGAAGCGGGAAAACGAUAUUCGCCGGAAAGCUCGCGAUGUCAACGCGAAAGCUCGCAAACUAGAAGACGAGCUUGAGUCCGUGAACGAGCGAG